CCAAUCACAGGAACGUAGACACCGGUUGAGAGGCGUGUUCAUUCAGAUCCUCUGAUGCUGCUCUGUAGUGAAGAUGGCGGAGAGAGACGGCCAUCUGAAACCCUUAAACGGAAAAAUCCUUUAAUUGCAUGCGGUCUUCAGUAGAGCAUUUGUGUAGUGGCACUGGCAGAAGAUCUGGCCUCCCAGGAUGGAUAGUGCUUAGAUGUGGGCAACGUUUAAGCUGAAUGCAUUGUGAUUUCCAAUAAUUGAGACAGUGAUUUCUAAAAAGCUGUCUACAUUAAUGAAAAGAACAAUGUAGUUAGCUUAUCAUAUUCAACCAUGUACAUGAAUAUUGUUAAAUAGGUGUCUACAGCUGUGUAAUGUAUUCGUGCAUGUAUUAGGGGCUGGAUUUUUAGCUAAAUUAGGCAGAUCCCUUCCCACUUUCAUUCUCGUGUAGUUUUUAAUAGCUUUUUUUUAAAGAAAUUAAACAUGGAUGUGAAUGGGAUUUUACCUCCCCUCCCAUUGGAGCCACCAGAUGCAGUAUUGGCGGGGAAUGAUUACAGUAAAGCACCUCCACCACCUCCCCUGCCAACGUCCAGUGACGCAGAGGAAAUGGACGUUAGCUCUGGUGGUGAUGGACACCAACACACCACAGCAGUGGACAGGGAUGAACAGCUCCUCUUCAACAAACACACAUUGUCCGUUAGCAGUCACCCAUCAGGUAGCCCUGACCCCAUGGCCACGUGCCCUAGAACCGCUCGCCAUGCUCCCCCAGUUACCAAGUUCUUACCUGAUCUCAAACUCCUCAGAGAUGUAAAGAUCAGCGUCAGUUUCUCAGACAGCAGUAAGAGCAAAGACAGGAAGGUGUACACUGGUUUGGGGCAGGUUAGCGAUGAAGAGCAGAGCCUAGAAGGACUGAAUGGUGAAUUGCAUGAUUCUUUAGAGCAGAGAAGUGUGCCGGGCAGCUCGACCAUGACCACUGGUUCCUUAGGGUUAGUUAGAAACAGUGAAGAGCUGGAGACAGAGCAGGAGAACAAGGUUGAGUUUGCCGUGUUGGAUGACCUGGAAGAUUUCAGUGAGAACUUUCUGGAAGCGGAAUAUGGAGAGCCGAGUGGUUUCAGGUCUCAGAUGAUAGUUCAGCAGGAGCAAGCGCACGAGGAGGACCAGAAUUACUCUUAUGAGGAGGACUUUGACAAUGAUGUAGAUGCCCUGCUGGAGGAAGGCAUGCCCAUGCCCAAGAAGAGGCGUCUGGCUGGAGACUGUGAUCACCAUUCAGAUGAGGAGGCCGGAGUUCAGCCCAUGAUGACCAAAAUUAAGACUGUUCUUAAGAGUCGUGGGCGUCCACCAACUGAGCCGUUACCCGAUGGGUGGAUCAUGACAUUCCAUAACUCUGGCAUUCCAGUCUACCUCCACCGGGAAACCAGAGUUGUCACCUGGUCUAGACCUUACUUCCUUGGAACAGGAAGCAUUAGGAAACAUGACCCACCAACCAGUAGCAUUCCCUGCUUGCAUUAUAAGAAAAUGAAGGAAGUAGAAGAACGGGAACAAAAUGGAGAGGUGACUCCGUCUGCAGAGGUGUCUCCAGUGAAAUCUGGUGAGGAGGGCAUCCCAUUGGAGAGAGUCGAUGAACCGGACUCUACUGCCACAGAAGAACCGACCGGCAGACCAACAUCAGAAGAUCCAGAUCUUGACCUCAUGGAGCCAGGAGGAUCUUCAGAGGGGAAGGAGAGCCAAGCCAAUGAUAUUGCACAGGGAGCGCUGGGCCAGGUCAGAGCCAAGGUGGAGGUGUGCAAGGAUGAGUCUGUUGACAUUGAGGAGUUUAGAAGCUACCUAGAGAAGUGCUUUGAUUUUGAGCAAGUGACGGUUAAGAAGUUUCGCACAUGGGCUGAGCGCAGACAGUUCAACAGGGACAUGAAGAGGAAGCAGGCCGAGUCUGAGAGGCCCAUCCUACCAGCCAAUCAGAAGCUCAUCACACUGUCCGUACAAGAUGCCCCCACAAAGAAAGAGUUUGUCAUCAACCCCAACGGGAAGUCAGAAGUGUGCAUUUUGCACGAGUAUAUGCAAAGAGUGCUCAAAGUGCGACCAGUUUACAACUUUUUUGAAUGUGAAAACCCAAGUGAACCCUUCGGAGCCUCAGUCAUUAUAGACGGUGUUACAUAUGGCACAGGAACAGCAAGUAGUAAAAAACUCGCCAAGAAUAAAGCUGCUCGAGCAACACUGGAGAUCCUUAUUCCUGACUUUGUGAAGCAGACGUCUGAGGAGAAGCCUAUAGAAGGAGAUGAACUGGAGUAUUUUAAUCAUAUCAAUAUUGAAGAUUCAAGGGUGUAUGAGCUGACCAACAAAGCAGGUUUACUCUCACCAUAUCAGAUCCUUCAUGAGUGCCUUAAGAGAAACCAUGGCAUGGGUGACACCAGCAUCAAGUUUGAGGUGAUUCCAGGAAAGAACCAAAAGAGUGAAUAUGUCAUGACAUGUGGGAAGCACACUGUACGCGGCUGGUGUAAAAAUAAGAGGGUUGGAAAGCAGCUGGCAUCACAGAAGAUUCUUCAGAUGCUUCAUCCUCACGUGAAGAACUGGGGCUCACUGCUGCGCAUGUACGGCAGAGAAAGCAACAAGAUGGUUAAGAAGGAGAACUCGGAUAAGAGCGUGAUUGAGCUUCAGCAGUAUGCCAAAAAGAACAAGCCAAAUCUUCACAUCCUCAACAAACUAAGAGAAGAGAUGAUGAAGCUGGCUCGAGAAAGGGAGGAGGCAAGAAAGAAGCCGAAGAUGACUAUAAUGGAGUCCGCUCAACCUGGCAGUGAACCUCUGUGUACUGUUGACGUCUAGCAAACCCUUUGUCCAGCAUUUUGUGUUAGCAGAUAGCACUGACCAAUGGUAAUGGUUCUAUAACAAAAGGUCAUCAUCGUACCAUUACUGACUUAUGCAUUACUUUGCAGUGCAAAAUGGCAAUACUAGUUACAUUUUUAUCAGAUUAAUGAGCUCCGUUCCCAAUCCAGUUAUUGCCCAUAAAGUAUGGGUUAGGUAACAGUCAUAUACAUGCACUAAGGGAAGGUAGAAUGAGCAUUAAAUACCUCCAGGUGCACUUCUGCACCUGAACGUGCACAAAUAUAAUGACGGCUGUUGACAAUAAUAUGCCUAUAUUGAGGAGAAUCAUACAAAUGAUGUAUGUGAAGUAUUAUAGAUGCUUUUAAGUUUGUGGCUUUUAGAUGUUAAUAAAAUGUUGCUUUUUCCCUUCUUAAACGGCAAAUUCAUUUCAUAUUUACUGUGGAACCACAGAUUUCAGAGACAGACUAUCUCGGUACUCAUAACUGAUGCGUUUGAACAGAUAUGCCUGUCAUUUUACAGGGAUUUGUUCCUUUAUGUCUGCUUUUGUGGCAUGCAGAGUUGUUCAUUCAGUGCACGUAAUCUUUUAUCUGGAAAAUAGGGUUUAUAAUGGCUUAAAGUGUGUUGGUUUUCUUCAGUGGCCAUGUCUAGUUCUUAUUGGCAUGUGAAGCAUUUAAAUGUUGUAUUUCUAAAGCAUUUCAUGUGCACACUUCCAACUGCUGUUAAGAAAUGCACUUACUUGCUUGAGUGGAAUGAACAACCUUUGUGUUUUUGUUUUAAUUAAGGAGUGAUGUAUGCCAAUGGUUACCUUGAUCAGUUGCUCUACUUAUUCAGAAAGCACUGCAGAGAAAACACAAGCACAAGUGUUUGAGGUACUGUAGUUAGUAGAGGUACAAGACAUCAGGGAGACAGGAUGCUAGUGCGCGCUACUUAAGCUAUGUUUUUUUUGGUAUUUUUACAUUUCGUUAUGCUCUGAUAUAAUCUAACUUGCAUUAGAGGUUGGUUGGCAAUCUUCAGUAGGAAAAAAAUGGUAUAUGUUGCCUUAGUUUUUCCUCUUUUAUUGAUGGCGCCUUGUUUGAGUCUGCAUUUGUGAUGCUAUACAUUAUGUAUUUGCUGUGGAGUGAUGCUUGCUUUCUUGCAUUGAUAUUUUAGGGGGAAAAAAUGCCUUCUACGCAUGUGCUUUUUUUUUGUGUUUGUCUUAAAUUUUUCGGUAUGGUUUUGUGGUCAUUUGCUGCGGUGGGUGAUUGUGUGCACAUUUUGUUCAGAUGUUAUCACAGUGGUGUAUUAAAUAGUUUGAACUUUAUUCAUUAUUUCAUAAGGCAGUCUACCUAAAAACAAAGGUGGUAACUCCAUACCUCGAAGAAAAUCAGACCAUGUCGUUAUAUUCAAUAGCUUGAAGAACAGUGUGAACCAAAGCUUUAAGUCUUAUGCAUUUUUUUUAGAAUAUUGCUGCAUUCAUUAAAUGUAUAUAAACAUAUAU